UAUUCGAUAAGUCCAACAGCUAAGCGACGCCAGACGUUGAAUUUAAUAUUUAAAUUUUUUAGAAAUAAGUGAACUAUUUACGUUUGGUUUUGCUAAAGUGAUGUCGGAGCUUAGGGACGAGGUGCCGAUUUUCCACAAAGGCGAGAUUGUCCUUUGCUACGAGCCGGAUAAAUCGAAGGCUCGUGUUCUUUACACUAGCAAGGUUCUUAACGUUUUUGAGCGUCGCAACGAACAUGGCCUGAGGUAUUACGACUACAAGAUCCACUUCCAGGGCUGGCGGCCGUCCUACGAUCGCUGUGUACGCGCACCGGUCCUGGUGAAAGACACCGAAGAAAAUCGCCAAUUGCAGCGCGAGUUAGCAGAAGCGGCACAGUUACAGAUUAGGGGUGACUACUCAUAUAAGGGAACGCCUGAUAAGCCAGUGACCAAGAAAAAACGCGGCGGGCGUGGUGCCCACGUUGAAGAACCUUUGGGAGAUCCUCUGGACACAGGACACCUAACGGCCGAGCAGGAAAUGCCGCCCACUCAACGCUCAGCUGUCAACCGUCCGCGGGACAAUAGCGGUGGGAAUAGAAAAGAAAAAGCAACACCCGGUGAUGGCAGAUUGAAGGGAAGCCGGGGUCGACUCACGGAGACCGCCCAUCACAAUGACAUUGUAGAUCCCAAUUCAGAGUGCUUCGUCCAACAAGAAGACCGCAUCAUGAUGCGUGUUAGUGAGCGAUUACGAGAGAUUAUAGAAUAUGAUCGGAAUAUGAUCAAGAAACUCGGCAAACAGCAUGCACUACCCUCCCGCGUGCCCAUCGUGACCAUCAUGGAGAACUUCGUCAAGCAAAGGGCUGUGGAGCUAGCCAUAGGAAUCAAGCAGGACAGCUCCAGGGCUAGGAACACGCAGAGCCGGAAUGCCCGUAUGGAGCGGGAGUACGAUCGUGUCAUGUCCAAUGUCUGCAUGCUAAAAGAGGUGGUCGAUGGGCUGCGCAUUUAUUUCGAGUUCCAUGUGGACGAUCACCUGUUGUACAAAGAGGAGAAGGAAUACAUCCAUAACUACCUCACAGACGACAAUAUGCGCAACUGCAGCCUAAUACUGAACAAGUCGUAUGACUUUAUUAAUCCCAACGGCGACACAGACUUAAUCGCUUUGGAUGGCACGCCCGUGGGAGGAGGAUCGGGCAAUACCAAUGGACAAUUAGACGGUGGCAUUCUCGGCGGCACGGAGUACGAGAAGCAGUUACAAAAGUGUCUGCUCUACAUCGUUACUAGUAGUGGCAAGAACACGGCGCAGGCCUACGAGCGCUCGUCGCCGUACACAGCUGCUUAUAAACUUCCCAUGGAGAUGCGGGGAUUCCUUAACGAAACAUUCAAGUGGAGAAUGCUAACAGCAGAAUCUCCACCCGAAAAGUCCAUGGUCUUUGGCGCUCCCCACUUGGCUAGACUGAUGUUAAAAAUGCCAAUAUUUUUAAAUGCCUCGCCGAUAAGCAAUAAGAAGCUUGAAGAUUUACUUCCCCACCUCGACUCCUUCAUUAACUACUUAGAGAACCACAGGGAGUGGUUUGACAAGGAUAAUUAUGUGAAUACCACCGCCAUGCCUCAGGAAGAGCUACAGCGGGAGCUGUUGGACUCGCUGGAUGGCCUAGCUGCUUAGUUGAAUUAGUUGAUCGUAGUUAUCUAGUUUAUUUAUUAUGAAGAUUAAAGCUUAUGUUUUUUUAUUUUAAA